AUGGCUUACAACGAUGAUUCCGUGCUGGCGCGACUCUCAUCGCUCAACGAGAGCCAUGACAGCAUUGCAACAGCUGCCCAAUGGAUCAUGUUCCACAGGAGACAUGCGGAUCGCACGGUGCAGCUCUGGGUGCAACGUCUGAAAGACUCAUCAAGCGCAAAGCGCUUGAGUCUGGUCUACCUCGCCAAUGAGGUGGCUCAGCAGUCCAAGAUCCGGCAUAAGGACGACUUCAUCAUCGCCUUCGCGCCCGUUGUGGCGGAGGCUAUAUCCAUUGCAUACAAAGGGGCUGCUGCUGAUAUCCAGUCGAAGCUCAAGCGGGUAGUGGAUGUGUGGAAGGACAGGGCAAUCUUUGAGGCGCCAAUCCAGGCGGCCAUUGAUAAUCGCAUUGAAGAAUUAGACAAGGCCCGUGGCAGUGCCAAGCCGGGCUUUGGGGGGUCACCCUUUGGUGGCGGCGCACCACCCAUCCCAUCGGAGUUUGCCCCCCUGGUCUCUGCACACCAAAGUGUGAGCAAGUUGAGCAUUCCUCUGAAAGCCACGAUUGCAUCUACAAACCAGGAAUAUGAGAAGCAAACCGACUCGUCAACUCCGGUGCCAUCAGCGCCAGUCUAUGCUGCCCGCCUCAACGGUCUUCUCAAGAGCCUUGCGAAUGCGGAGAGCGCCGUUGCUGAGUGCGUGAAAGCUCGAGAAGGCCUCCUCUCUGGUCUCGAGAAGCUUCUCAACGCCAACAGGGCCGCACUGGAUGGUGAAAAAGCCGCACAAGCGCAGCUUUUGAGCAGGAAGAGCGAAAUUGAGGAAAAAAAGCAUCAGGUAGAGCUUGCUAUCAUGCGUGCGCUUGGUCCCGCGGAGGGCAACGGUGAAUCGGGAGAGGGAGGCUCUACAAACACACCCCCUGAGCCCGACAGACCCGAGAUGGAGGCUCUCACCCCUCCUGCCAUGGAGGCUUUCACUCCUCCCGCCAUGGAGGAUGAGCCUUUUGAGCCUGCUCCUGCUGAGGAAACAAGCGCGGAGACGCAGCCAUCUGGGGAUGGCAUCGAGAUGCUCUCAAACUUGGCAUCAUCCUACCAGUCCCUGCCAAUCUCCAUCAAUGGAGCUAACAAGCGACGCCGUGUCGACGACGGUGACGACUUUCCGGACCUGGGAGGAGAUGAUGGCAUCGACGCCGACGUAGCUGAAAUGCUCAAGGAGGGGAACCAGAGGCCGUCUGAACAAACCCCCACUGUCACCAUGGUUCCGGGAGUAGCCCGCCGAGUGCUGCUCCCUCGCAUCGCCGAGAGCUCUCCGUUUGCCCCUCCAAUGCCUCUCGCGGCAUCACGGAGACCAUUGACAGCUGCUCUUCGCAAAUCCGAUUCUCCUCUCCUCCAGGCGAGGCUAUUCCACGCCUCGUCAUCCCGCCAGUCCCUGCUCCCGCCGUUCUCUGUCGCAACAUUCCGAUCACCGGUUCCCAGCCCUCAACUACACUCACAACUCUCCCAGCUUCGCGACCGAGUUUCUCCCCGCCAUUGCUCCGUAAAUGCGACUUUGCGCCAGUUCUCCACAGCUCCCUGCCUGCUUCAACAAUUGCAAACCAAGCAAGGAGAGGAUGCUAAGAAGACCACCGAGCCAGAGGUCCAGAAUAAGCCUGAGGAAGAUGAACAUAAGCACGAGUUUCAAAAGAGCGAGAGGGCUGCUCGAGCUGCCCAGGUCAACCUGUCUGCCAAGUUGUCCAAGGAGGGCAAGGGAGCAGGUGGCAAGGCUGGCUACUCGGAGAUUUGGAGGUUGAUCAAGAUUGCGCGACCGGAACUGCGAUGGCUCUCUAUCGCCUUCGUGUUCCUUGUCGUCUCCUCUAGCGUCACCAUGUCCAUUCCUUUCUCGGUCGGUCGCAUCCUGGAUCUCGCCUCCAAGGGCGAUGCCGAGGAUAUUCGCCUCUUUGGCUUGACCCUGAAUCAAUUCUUCUUGAGCCUGGGUGCUAUCCUGACUCUAGGUGCCAUGGCCAACUUUGGCCGAGUGGUUCUCCUACGCAUCGUCGGUGAGCGGGUUGUUGCCAGACUUCGAUCGCAGCUCUACCGACGCACCUACGUCCAGGACGCCGAAUUCUUUGACGCAAACCGAGUUGGAGAUCUCAUCUCCCGCCUGAGCUCCGAUACUGUUAUAGUGGGCAAGUCCGUUACUCAGAAUAUUAGCGACGGCCUCCGAGCCCUGUUCAGCGGAGGUGCUGGAUUCGCCAUUAUGGUGUGGACCAGCCCUCAGCUUACCGGUCUGUUGCUGUUGAUGUUUCCCCCCAUCGCCGUCGGUGCGUUCCUCUACGGACGAGCAAUCCGCAACAUUAGUAGGUCCAUUCAGAAGAACUUGGGAACCCUGACCAAGAUUGCCGAGGAGCGUCUGGGCAACAUCAAGACCAGCCAGGCGUUUGUGGGUGAAGUGCAGGAAGUGGGCCGCUACAACCGCCAAAUCCGCAGGAUCUUUGCUCUAGGAAAAAGAGAAUCACUUGUUGCCGCCACCUUCUUCGCCUCGACCGGUUGGGCUGGAAACAUGACAAUCCUAGCCAUGUUAGUUGUGGGAGGAAACUUUGUGAGAUCCGGUGCCAUGUCAAUGGGAGACCUGACAUCCUUCAUGAUGUACACGGCGUUUGCAGGUUCCAGUCUCUUCGGUCUCUCAGGCUUCUACUCCGAACUCAUGAAAGGUGUCGGUGCGGCGAGUCGACUGUUUGAGCUCCAGGACCGCAAGCCAGGAAUCCACCAAACGGUUGGCGUCCCUGUCAAGUCGGCGCAAGGCCCGAUCAAGUUUUCUGACGUCACCUUUGCCUAUCCCACACGGCCGGCCGUCAAGAUUUUUAACGGGUUGAACUUUGAGAUUCCAUCUGGCAGUAAUGUUUGUGUGGUCGGACCAUCAGGAGGUGGAAAGUCGACCGUUGCUUCUCUUUUGCUCCGAUUCUACAACCCUACAUCCGGCUCAAUCACCAUCAACGGCGUGGACGUGUCUACAAUGAAUGUCAAGUCCCUGAGAAGGCGAAUUGGUAUGGUAUCGCAGGAGCCUGUUCUCUUCUCCGGCACCAUUGCCGAGAACAUUGCCUACGGAAGGCCUAACGCCAACCGAGUGGACGUUAUUGCCGCCGCCCGAAGAGCCAACUGUAACUUCAUCAGCGAUCUUCCCGACGGUCUUGAGACGCAGGUCGGAGCCCGAGGAUCUCAGUUGUCAGGAGGCCAGAAGCAACGUAUUGCUAUCGCGAGGGCCCUUCUCAAGAACCCUGAUAUCUUGAUUCUCGAUGAGGCCACAUCAGCUCUGGAUGCCGAGUCUGAGACGCUAGUCAACGAGGCCUUGGCCGGUCUACUGCGCAGCCGCAACACCACUAUCUCCAUCGCGCACCGUCUGUCAACCAUUAAGAGGUCGGACCAGAUCAUUGUCCUCAACAAUGAGGGCAAGGUCGCAGAGAUUGGAAGCUAUGUCCAGCUUGCAGCAGACCCUGAGAGUGCGUUCAGCAAAUUGAUGGAGUGGCAGAUGAGCGGCGGUGAGGUGCUGCCUGAAAAGAGGACUUCUGAGUCAAGGGCACACAUUACCGAAGCGGAAGAGAUCGAGGACGACCUGGAGAGACGGGACGAGGCCGAUGCGGAAGCUGAGGCUGAGACUCGGGCAGAUGAAGAGGAAGAUUCGAAGGGCGAGGAGAAGCGACGACCUUGA